AUGAGAAACCGGAGCCUCGCUGGUAAUUGCGGCAUUGCCGUGUUUGUGAUCGCCCUUGUCACGGUGGCAUUGGCAUUCGGUACGCCCAAUUGGCUAGUCAGCGACUCUAGGAUUCGCGGGGCCAAAAUGGAACGCCUUGGAUUAUGGAGUCACUGCUUUAGAUCGUUACCUGAUCCGCUGGACCAAUAUCAGAGAAGGUUCUUUGUGGGAUGCCGCUGGGUGUACGAUCCGUUUACCACGGGUUACGAUAAGAUACGUGGUUAUUUACUUCCAGCCUUCAUGAUAGCGACCCAGUUCUUCUUCACCGUAUGUCUCAUCGGCGUGCUAAUAUCAACGAUAUUAGUAUUAAUAUUCUUCCUAUGUUGUGGACCGGAUCAAAGUAAAUUUGAAAUACUUAUCAAAAGCAUAGGAUACACUAUGUUAGUUGCAGGGAUAAGUGGAAGUAUAGCGGUGAUUGUUUUUGCUUGCACUGGCAACACUGACGGCUGGAUGCCGGACCACGCAAACAACUAUUUAGGUUGGUCCUUCGGAUUGGGCGUAGUGGGGUCUGUCGCUUGUCUAGUGACAGCGGCUCUAUUUCUGACAGAGUCAAACAUACAAACAAAGAAACGCCGGCGGUUCAAGGAGUCUCAGGCGCGCUUCGAGCUAGAAGAAGAGUCGAAGGCGUAA